AUGGCGUACCGCUUUCUCAGGGAGGGUCUUUACACCCGGCGCAAAAGUCUUCGGCGAAAUGGCUUUACACCUUUCGUUGAAGACCUCAUGUGGACGGCCACUGACUGGCAUUAUCAGCAUUACAUCAGUAGGGCUGCCAGGGCCUCUUUGCUCACACAUCAAGAAGGUAAUCGCGUAUUCGCCGUGAACAAUGCUUCUACAGAGGUAAACCGCGUCGUGGAGCAUUUCAAGGCUUCCAGGGGUGGCACCCUGGCUAAGGGCACUGAGUUCCCGUUCUUCCGCCUAGCAACACCGAAUAUUGUCCCCUAUCGCAGGCAGUCUAACCCGUUCUGCCAACGUUCAAGCAACCGUGUUGGGUGGCAAUUGCAUCACCGACAGCUAGAGCGCACGCCAAGGCCAUAUCGCUCCACGAAGCUGGGAGGCACUGAUUUGUCGGUGCCGGUAAUGCCCAAACACUGA